ACAGCGACCCGAAAACAGACGCUGUUCCCCGGAAACCUUCAGCCGAGGCUCCGUCCUGAUCCGCCAUGGGCGUCAUCAUCUCCCAUCUGUUCUCCAGGUUCACCUCCAAGACCCCCGUCAGGAUUUUAAUGGUGGGUCUGGACGCAGCAGGUAAAACGACCCUCCUGUACCGACUGAAACUGGCCGAGGUCGUCACCACCAUCCCCACCAUCGGGUUUAACGUGGAGACGGUGGAGUACAAGAACAUCAGUUUCACAGUGUGGGAUGUGGGCGGUCAGACCAUCAUCAGACCCCUGUGGAGACAUUAUUACACGAACACGCAGGGUUUGAUCUUUGUGGUGGACAGCAACGAUCCAGAGAGGAUUAAAGAGGCAGCAGACGAGCUGCGCACGAUGCUGGAGGAGGACGAGCUGAAGGACGUCUCUGUGCUGGUGUUCGCCAACAAGCAGGAUCUGCCCAGAGCCAUGUCGGGCGCCGACAUCACCGAGGCUCUGGGCCUGUUAAGGGUCCGGCAGCCGUGGUUUGUCCAGGCCUCCUGCGCCGUCAGCGGCACCGGUCUGGUCGAAGGUCUGGACUGGCUCUCUGACCAGAUCAUGAAAAAGUAGCAGCUGAGGUUCUGAUUCACGCCGUUUCCCAAUGAGUCUUUGAACGCAUCAGUGAGUGGAUGGA